AUGAUUAAAAAACAACACCAAUUUCGUCACAUCAACUUCAUUAUUAAACGUAUUUAACUUUUCAGUUACUUCAUUUCAUUCAACCCCUUUCUUUUACUUCAUAUUAUUAUUCAAUUUAGAAUAUAUAUCUUUUCUUGCAUUAACAUACAUAUUAGAAUAAUUUAUUUUAGCUGGUAUAUUGCAAUGUAAUCAAGGUAUUCAUAUUCAUUCGGCUUUUCUUCCUAUGCCUUUUGUUUUUUUUUUCUUUCCUAUUAAUUAUUACCAAUUAAAAGCUUAUAAAUGUCUUAAUAAUUAUCCCAACCAUCUCUUUGUAAUAUAUCUACUUCUUCACUUCUCUAAUAAUUAUUUUAACUAAACUUUUAGUCAUAUUUUAAACCCCGUUUUCUAAACUUGUCUCUUUCGGGAUCUUCUUCAUAGAUUUUUCUUUAUUUCAAGAGGAUAGUCGUUUUAAUUAAUCAUUUUUAUAACUACCCUCUAAAUUUUCCCUUCUGUUCCUACACAUAUGCAUCUCUUUUGACUAUUUAUUAAUUGUGUUUUAUGCCAACAUCUAUUUCUUCCUAAUAUACCAUUCUAGGUUUUAGCUAACUUGGAAAUAUUCCCUAUUGUUCAGCUUAUAGCUCGGAUAAUUUUUAUAUAUAUUAAUAUUUUUUUUAAGAUAUAUAUAAAUUAUAUAUAUAUAUCUUUUGA